AUGGUCCCAUCCAGACCCCAAGAAUUACCGUUCCCACUUAUAUUCUAUUAUAGAGUAGGAAUAACACUGAGAGAGUUCCUAAGAACCAAUUUUGCAACCAUUCCGACAUAUAACCACUUGCAGCCUGAGUCCUGCAUGUUAAAUUUCACUAACAAUAAUAUUAGGGCAAAGAAGACGAAGUGCAAUAAGAGUAACGACCACCAAGGGGGUGCAAUAGAAAAAUUGGACCAUUUCCAACGCCUCUGGAAGUCGUACCAACCCCUUCCAAAUGUGAAUGAACAUACGACAGCCCUUCAACAGACCACCGCCAGCUACCCAGCCCCCGUAGCUCUGGAACCUUCACUUCUGCCUAUACUCACACUAAGUGAGAGCUCGAGUCACGUGCCAAACAAUCGGCUUACCAGUGACGAGUAA